AUGCCCGACGUGGAUCUCAACCAAAAAGUAUGGGGAGUCAAAGCGAAGACCCACUUCUUGAUAUUCGCUGCCAUUCACGUCUUGGGCGGCUGUAUCUGUCUUAUAGUGUUUAUUGAUUACAUGUCAAUGCCAUCCAAUGCCCCCGACAAAGCAAAGGGCCUACUCCAUAUUUAUUUGUAUCCACUCCUUGGGGCGUGUUUCCAAGCGUGCGUCGGAGCGGCUUUACUCACCUGUCUACCCUACAAAUUGUUCUAUAUAAUCGUCAUGAUUUUUUUGUGCAUAAUUGGUGUGUUUAAUUUCUUCUCGAGUGCCAUUCACUUGGUACUUGGCGUGCCCAAUUUUUUAUUUGAUGAAAAGACAGCAAAACUUACGAAAAAAUACUAUAAAUGCGGAAAUGUCGGAAUACAUUUGUCUGGUCUUGCUGCAUCCUUUGUAUUCAUUUACUUGGCAAUUGUUCUCUACAAACUAGGAUUUGCCAAGCCCCCACCUCCUCCACCACCACCACGUGUUAUUGUCCGGAGACAUGACGAAGUCGACGACGAGGAGAGUGAUAGAGAGGAGGAACGACCGAAAAGUGGUGGCCGCAGGCCAAGGACCCCGCAAAAAUCAGGGAAAAGGGAGCAAUCUGGAACAGCUGAGAGAUCCGAGGCAUCGGGGACCGGACGUCUUGAUAAGACAGGGAGAUCCGGGGAGAAAUCUGGAAAACCUGGACCAGGGAAGACGACGGAGGAAGAAAUAUUGGCAAUAACCUUCCAUGACCUCUCUCUGCACGACACCCCGGUCGCCCAUCGGGUCACCCUGCCAACUAACUCCGCCCCUUUUCUUGCCACAUCUACACAUCCGUUGCAGUUAGUUCCACUCUACACCACGGAGAAAACAGCAUUAAAAAUGUCUCAAUCCGUCGAUCUCAACUACAAAGUAUUUGGAUUCAAAGCGAGGAGCCACAUUAUUGCAUACUUCAUUUUGGAGUUUGCUACUGCUGCUCUCCUUUUCGCGGCAGUUAUUGAUUAUUUGAAUCUUCCAUCCAAACCACCUCCGGGAGUGAAGAAAAUGGUGUUAGAUGAAUUGUUUCCGUUACCGCUUAAUAUUGCUGUACUUGGUUGCUUUGUGAGUAUUAUGUUCUGUUGCUCGAAUCGAAUUGCCUACGGAAUCAUCGGAGUUUUGAUUUUACUUGUCGGUAUUCUUCGUUUGAUGAUUUCAAUUUUGGGUUUAGUCGGCUAUGCGAUACUUGGAGGGAGCACCAAAGGAUAUGCGGGUAAUUUCAGAAAAUAUUACAAACUUACGUAUCUUGUCCAUUGGUUUAAUAUGUUUGCGGAGGCUAUCAUCAGAAUUUACAUUGGCGUCGUGUUGUUCAACCUGAGUUUCCUCUAUCCAGUCGAUCCAGUUAUCGUUUAUGUUGAGAAGAAGCCAAAUUCGAGAGUUGAGAGAAGCUUGGAGGAGAGUAAACAGAAGACGGAUAGUGGUCCAGGAAACUCGGGGAAGACCGGAGGGGAGUCGGGUGGUGAAGAGGAGUGA